GCUGGUCCGGUCACUUGUACCGAUUUCACUGUCCUUACGCUUCGCUGGUAGCUUCACCUUGUUCCUUUUUCUUAUUCCCUCUCCAAGGCGAUUCUCUGUUUCCCGCAGCGAUUUUCUCAGCGCAUUUUCUCGCAAGCCAAUCACCGCCUCUCUUGUUUUCCUGAAAAGCGACCAUGACAGGAGCUAGAGCUAAGGGUAAGGGUGCGGCCAAGAACACAAAAGAUGCAUUGAAGCCUGCUGAUGAUCGAAAGGUUGGAAAGAGGAAGGCAGCUGUUGAUAAAAGCAGCCAGCCAAAAGCAAAGAAGGAGAAGAAGGCCCAAAAAGACCCAAACAAACCAAAGAGGCCUCCCAGUGCUUUCUUUGUGUUUCUUGAGGAAUUUAGAAGCACUUUCAAGAAAGAACACCCCAAUGUGAAGGCUGUGUCUGCUGUUGGCAAAGCUGCAGGGGAGAAGUGGAAAUCUAUGUCUGAAGAUGAAAAAGCUGCAUAUGAAGCCAAAGCUGCUAAACGAAAGGUUGAAUAUGAGAAGCAAAUGAAUGCUUAUAACAAGAGGCAGGAGAGUGCUGGUGAUGGUGAUGAGGGGUCAGAUAGGUCAAAAUCUGAAGUGAAUGACGAAGAGGAGGCUAAUGAAGAGGGAGAGCAACAGCAACCUGAAGAUGAGGGGGAGGAAGAUCAAGAAGACGAGGAUGAAGAUGAUGAUUAACUGAAAUGACUGGGCAAUAAGAUAGGUCGAAUAGGGCAUAGAUAACCCGUAACCGCAUUUUGUAUGUUUAUAGUCCAGUCCUAGUUUACAUGUUGUGCUUUUGUAUGACAUUAGAUGCUGUUGCCUUAUAUCUCUUUUCUUACUAGCAAAAUGGAGAAUCCCUCUUUUUAACUUCUUAACCAACUCGCACAUGAGAGGCAUGGUUCAGAAUGGCACAACAGAGUUUGAAAAUUGAAGUUAAUAAUCGGAAUAUCACUAUAUUUGCUUUGCCUUGGUGUCUGACUAAGGGAAUGCUGGAGGAGCAAAAACAUUUCUGU